AUGUCGUUGAUAGGUUUUGGAAAUGAAACCAGUGAAACAAUAGUAGUUCCAAAGCCCACCGCUUGGCAAACUUGGGGUAUUGGUCUUACUGUCGUAACGAUUACAGCGAUUGGACCAUCAAUUUGUAUUACAAUUGUGCCAUUUCUUAGCAAAACACUUUAUGAAUUCUUUAUGACAUUACUUGUGGCUUUUGGCAUUGGAACACUUUCUGGCUCAACAUUAUACGCACUUGGCUUAAAUGUUGUGGAAGAAAGUUAUUAUAGGACAAAAAUUUCUGUACUACUUGUCGUAUUAUAUGCAUUUUUUGCAGUGGAUCGAAUUUUAGCAUAUGUUUUGCAUUUUCAAAAAAUCCGAUCAAAGAGGCAAAAGAUUCAUCAAUCAACGCUGAAAAAAAUUUUGAAAAAAGGCAAAAAUUUAAAUCAGACAACAGCGACAGAGGAUAAUCCUAUAAUGUCACGAAUUUUGCUAAGAACUGAAAAGAGUGGUAGCACUGAAGAUGGCUUGGAAUAUUAUGAAUUGGAGAAAGAUCGCCUAAAGAGUGAAUUUGAAGCAGCGAUGGUUAGUAAUAUGAUUUCAAGAAAGAAGGAUUCAAAUGAUGAGGUAUCGGUGAAUGUGGAAGUAGUAGAAGAGAAAGUACUCGAUCCAUCAAAUCUUGAUGCAGCAUCAGUUGCUUGGAUGAUAGUAUUUGGUAGUUUGAUGAACAAUUUCGUUGACGGUAUGAGUAACGGUGCUGCAUUUGCAAAUUCUUUGGCACGUGGUUUUUCUGUUGGUAUUGCAGUUAUCACUCAACAGCUUCCACAAGAGAUUGGAAUGUUGGCAAUUUUAAUUCAGUCAGGACUUGGAUUCAAACGAACUCUUUUAAUAAGCUUAUUCCCGAAUUCGCUUAGUUAUCUGGGCUUUAUAUUUGGUGUAUUAAUUGGUAAUGAGGACGAUUCAUACGGAAAUUACGUUUUCGCCGUAUCAUGUGGAAUGUAUUUAUAUGUUUUUCUUGGUACUUUGAUUCCGGAAAUUCGUGAUUCGGUAAAUGAGCAAAUCAAAGUGGACUUGAAAGGAAGUAUUCGAUCAACAAUUUUGCAAGCUAUUGGUAUUGUUGCAGGAAUUAUUUUCGUAUAUUUGGUAUGCAAAUACGGGCAUGAAAUUCAUUUCCUAAUGAUAUGAAAUGCUCGCAGUAUACAAAAACUGCAUGCAAUGAAAUUGUGCUAUCACCUGUUCCUAUCAUGCAUGCUGCUGCUGCUGCUGUAUUUGGACAGUGCUUCUUGUGUCAAUUUCCCACGUAGUCUAAUGAACAAAUAUCGGGAUAAGGUGAAAGCAAUGUUUUAUCAUGCAUACAACAGCUAUCUUUUUCACGCUUACCCGCUGGAUGAACUAAAACCACUUUCAUGUUCCGGCGUGGAUACAUGGGGAAGCUUUAGUUUAACGCUGAUCGAUUCGUUGGAUACGUUGCUUAUUAUGGGUAAUGAGACGGAGUUCAUUCGUGCUGCUGAAAUUGUUCUUCGUAACGUUAAAGUUGAUAUGAAUGUCAAUGUAUCAGUGUUUGAAACUAACAUACGGAUAAUCGGUGGGCUAUUAAGUGCACACAUGCUUUCUGGACGAGUAAAAGGAAUGGCACUAGAACCGGGAUGGCCUUGCUCAGGACCUUUGCUACGAUUAGCCGAACGUUUUACUCAAAAACUGGUACCUGCUUUUAAAUCUGGUACUGGAAUGCCUUAUGGAACGAUUAACUUGAGACAUGGUAUUCAUCCGAAUGAAACACCCAUAACAUGUACUGCUGGCGUCGCUCUGAAAGCUCUGGAUGCUCUAUGGAAACUACGUUCAUCAUUAGAUUUGGUUGGAAAUCAUAUUAAUGUUGAAACUGGGGAAUGGACCGCAACAGAUGCUGGUAUUGGUGCUGGUGUAGAUUCAUACUUUGAGUAUCUCGCGAAGGCUGCUUUACUAUUUCAGCGUCCUGAACUGAUGAAACAAUUCAAGACAUACGUAAAAGCAAUCAAUAAAUAUAUUCGGAAAGAUGAUUGGUUUGUAUGGAUUUCAAUGACCAGUGGGCAAUUAUCAAUGCCCAUAUUUCAGUCCCUGGAAUCAUUUUGGCCUGGUGUUUUGGCAUUGACGGGGGAUGUUGAUGAUGCACAGCGAAUAAUUUACCAGUAUAGUCAAGUGAUACGACAGUAUGGAUUUCCACCAGAAUUUUUCAAUCUUCCAAAACAGGAAGCGGUAUCGAAGCGUGCUGGUUAUCCCCUGAGACCAGAAUUCGUUGAAAGUUUAUACUAUAUUUAUCGAGCUACAAAAGAUCCUUUGUUACUGGAGAUUGCUGCUGAAGUGGUUGACGCUAUUGAACACAGUUGUCGUACGAACUGUGGUUAUGCCACAGUUGUAAAUGCCGAAUAUCAUUCUGUUGAAGACAGGAUGGAAUCAUUUUUCCUUUCGGAGACUACGAAAUAUCUUUAUUUGCUCUUUGAUCCUGAUAAUUUCAUCAAUGCUGACGGAACUAUCGCACGUAUUGUUGAAACACCGAAUGGGCAGUGUAUCAUCGAUGCUGGUGGCUAUAUAUUCAAUACGGAAGCACAUCCGCUCGAUCCAGCAAUUGUUUAUUGUUGCAGCGCAAAACGUAGUAACGAUUUGGAAAUGAUAGCACAAUUCGAAAACAACAUUGAUUUUGCCUCAUUGGCGGGAAUUUUUGAUGAAACAUUACAUCCGUUUGCAAGGAGAUUGAAUACUGAAAAUAUGGAAAAUGAUGUAUACGAUGUCUGGAAUGCCCAAAAGGACGAAAAUUUACUUAAACAAUCGUUGACAAACCCUUUAUUGUAUGAUUAUGUUGCUGUAUAUGAUGAUCGCUGCUUGAAUUGCUGUUGGCCUACAGAUUCUAACGUUGAAAAUGUACCAUUCCGCCGUUUUUUGAAUGCAGUGUUUGCGAAGCAUAUUUAUCCUGCAACGGGUAUUAAGUUCAUUGUUGGAUUAAUCUGUUUGUCGACUGAUAACAAUACUCACGAAGUUGAUUGGCCCUAUCUUCAUAAAGAGGAUGUCGCUCAGAAGUUUGGUUCUGUUGAUAAAAUACGCUUCAAUAAAUUUCGUUAUCGAAGUAUGGCUGAAGUAGGCUACGAUAUACUUCUAACAUCACCACUUUCUUAUCUCUCAAGGUUUACUGGGUUAGGACAAGUGAAGCCUAAACCCGAUGGUACACAAUAUUAA